UGGCAAUGUGCAUACGCAAUUCUAAAUUUUGCGGUGUAUUCAUUUUCGUUUUUGUGUUCUUAUGAUCUUUCAAGAAAUUUUGAGAGAUAAACCUAUAAUGCGAGAAAUAUAAAUCUCUCUUUUUUAAAAAUGCAUUAACUAAUUUCAACAUGGCUCAUGAGGAUAAUUGCUCUUUAAAAUCUUCUGUAUUUGGUGAUGAAUAUAAACCAGAAGUUCUGAGUUAUGAUGAACUUGGAGACGAUUGCCAAUAUUUGAUUCUGCGGAAUGCAGAUCCAGUUAAAUUUAAAAAAACACAGAGACCUAAAGCCAGAGGUACUCUUAAUAGUUUAAAAGAUUUGGAAAAAGAAAAGAGAAAGUUGAUGAGAGCCUUGAUGAAAAAGCCUUUACCUUCUAAACAAGGAGUUAUUGAAAUAAUAGAUCUAACACUUGACAGUGAUGAAGAAAAUGAAACAGUAGCACUAACACCAGCACAAACAGAAACAAUAGCACAAACAUCACAGUUACAAACGCCAAAGGUACAAAAGAUAAAAGUACCAGAAAGACAAAGACCACUGAAACGAAUAUCACCAAAUAUACCAUCAGGAAAAAAAUUUCCCAAAAGAUCUGACGUAUCUAAUUUUUUUGUAGAAGAUUCUGAUACAACGGAAAAAACUUGCAAUUACUGUAAACAUUCUCAAAGAAGAAAAAAGAUCCAAAGAGAAGAAUAUGAAGCAGAUUCUAGUGACUCAUAUGCCUCUAAACACAGGCAUAGAAAAGAAAGAGAGAAAAUCAGAGAAGUAGCUGAUAGAAAGUUUAAAAGAUAUUCUGAAUCUCCUACAAAAUGUUUGUAUAACAAACCAUCACGAAAAGCCUUCCAUGAUGUCGAAGAAGCAUUUGGUGAUUUUCGAUGCAGAGUUUGUAAUAUUGAAGUUCAUAGUGAAGUUACAUUGCAAACCCAUUUAGUGGGUAGGAAACAUCUAAGGAAUUUAAUGGCACAAGCUAUACCAGAAGUUGCCAAACAGUCUCUUGAGCAGUUUUCAAGUAAACCAUCUAGUUCUGUAUCUUAUCAGGAGGGAAAUCAGCUACUUCAUUAUCCUCUUUCUGCUGCUGGCGUGACUCGUAUCAAAGUAAAUAAAAGAGCAAAGCUUCAGACUAUUGCUGAGAGUUACAGAAAACAUCCAGUUAUUGGUUUAACUUUUGUGACAGAAAUACAUUUGCUUAAUGAAGUUGUAUAUUAUUGUGAGUUAUGUGAUUCAAGCUGUGCUCCAAAUAAUAUCAUGUGCCACCUUAUUGGAUAUAAACAUAAAUUGAAAUUCUUUCGGAUUAAAUUCCCAAUAAUGUAUGAACGCUUUGAAUAUCAGCCAAAGAGAGUUAUUGAAGAGGAAAUGAUGAAAAUAUUACUUGAUUAUGAUAAAACUCAUGGAAGAGGAAUGAUAAAAGUAGAGGAAGAAGUUGAUGAAAUAAGAGUAAGAAAAAGAAGAAGAAGCUAUUCACCACACAGAGGCAAUUGUCGUUGUUCAUCAUGCUGCUCUGAGGUGCAGGUUUCUGGUUAUAAUCACAGAAGAAAAAAUCGGGCAGAUUCUCUUGUCACAGAUGAUUUAGAUACAUCAAUGAAUGAUUUCCAUUGCACUGUUUGCGAUUCUCAUAUGAAUAAUGAACAGAUGUGGGAGGCUCAUGUCAGAGGAAGGCGACAUUUAAAAAAUAAAAAGAAAGGUCCUAGUGAAAAAAUUUCCAAAAUAAAAAACAUCCAUUGCCCUGGAGAAAGGCCUAAGUUAAUGAAUGAAUUGUUGGAUAUUCAAGAGCCUAUAAUUGGUCUUAAUUAUAUACAUGAAAUACAAGGUCGUGCAGGAAACCAAUAUAAGUGUUUCCUGUGUGGUGCUUGUUGCACCAGUUUUGAUAUCAUUGAACAUAUUGUUUCUGAAAAACACAGAAUGAAGCUUUUGGAGGCUGAACAUAAAAAGGGAAAACAUAAUGGCAUAGAAACAAUUUUAAAUUUAAGUUUAGGGUUGUCACUAAGUUCAAGAGAAAAGUUGGUCGAACAAGAAGCUUCAAAAUUCCAAAGAGACCAUGGAAUAGGAAAAAUGGCUGUGUAUAAAUCCAAAGAUAUUUUUCCUGACUUCUACUAAUAGCCUCAAAGAUUGGAUAGAUGUUUAUUCUGAGAUGAGAUCUUAUUUUGUUUAUUUUUUGUUUUGUUUUAUUUUCUAGUCAAGUAUAAUUUUAUUGAUUUCGCUUUAUUUGGGUUAUACUUAAUUUUAUUUUUGUUAUUAUGUAGAAAUGUUAUCUAUUUCACUAUUUUAUGAAACUGUUUUGUUUUGAAGUGUUUUACCAACCAACUGCUUACUUAGUUAUAACUGGUGCACUUUAAAUAUUGAUAAAUUUAUUUUGAAAUAGUGCAGAAUAAUUUGCAGUUUUUAAAAAAAGGAGUAACUCUUUGCAUAAAUUUUUGGUUAGAUUUUCCAGUUGAAUCUCACUUUUCUUGCCCUUCAUUUUGUUUAAUUUUUGUUAUUUCAUCUAUUUCAAUUUAUUUGAAAAACUGCUUAACUGAAGCAAUUUACAUGUCUGCUGUUAAAAUGAUAGUGCAUAUUGAUUUUUUUACUGCACUAAUACCUGUGUUGAGAUAAAAGUUUUUUUUACAUUCUUUUUAGUAUAACUAUAUUUGCCAAUCCACUUGAUUUUGUGGUAUUAGAAUUUUGUUAAAAUAUGUAAUAAUGUUCAAAAUAUUCAAUGAUUUAUAUAAGGUUAUUGAUGUUUUGUUAUGUAAUGUGACUGUUAUGAAUAAUAAAAAUUUGUUUCAUAA